AUGGUUUUGUCAAAGAUUGCUACCCUUUCUACCUUCCUGGCCUCUGCCUCUCUGGUCGCAGGUCAUGGCUUCGUCUCUAGUAUCCUAGCCGACGGCCAAAACUAUACCGGCUACAUCGUCAACUCUUACCCAUACAUGAGCGACCCCCCAGAGAGCGUUGGCUGGGCCACAACCGCCACCGAUCUCGGCUUCGAAGACGGCACCGAAUACCAAGACCCAAACAUCAUCUGCCACCGCAACGGCACCAACGCCGCCCUCUCAGCACCCGUAACCGCAGGCUCGGAUAUUGAAAUCCAAUGGACAACCUGGCCAGACUCCCACCACGGCCCGGUCAUCACAUACCUCGCCUCAUGCAACGGUGAUUGCAGCACAGUCGACAAGACCACGCUGGAGUUCUUCAAGAUCGAUGAACUCGGUUUGAUCGAUGAUACUACUCCCCCCGGUAGCUGGGCUACUGAUCAGCUCAUUGCUGCUGGGAACCGCUGGACGGUUACUAUCCCUAGUAGCAUUGCGUCGGGGAGCUAUGUGAUGCGUCAUGAGAUUAUUGCUCUGCACUCUGCUGGGAACCAGGAUGGGGCGCAGAAUUAUCCUCAAUGCUUGAACUUGGAGGUUACUGGGGGUGGUAGUGCCGUGCCGGAGGGUACUCUUGGAGAGGCUUUGUAUACUGAUACUGACCCGGGUAUUCUGGUUAACAUUUAUACUGCGCUGAGUAGCUAUACUAUCCCCGGACCGGCGCUGUACAGUGCUUAA